AUGUCCAAGACUCUUGCCGCUUCAUUGGUCCUCCUGGCUGGCUCUGCCAUGGCCAUGACCCCAAACCCACAGACACAGAGCCUCAAGCCUCGCAGUGAAUACUGCGGAACCGACCAGUACAACAUCGACUGGUACUGCGUCAACUCCGACACCUCCUGCUGUGUCGGCAGCGUCCAAGGCGUCUGCAUGCCCACAGGCUACUCAUGCUGCGACACCGGCUUCUACUGCGAACCCGACGAGCAGUGCUACCUCGUCGGGAAUGUGCAGUACUGUAUCAAGGACGGAAACAAGGCUGAGGCGACGCGCACCGCCGAGUCGCACUCUGUUGGUGAGACCGAGGCCAGCAAGAGCAAGGACAAGGGUAGCAGUGACGACAAUAACGAUGACGAGGACAACUCUGCUGUGGCUUCCACGAGCAACAGGAUCUUGCUUCUCCUGCCUCUCUUGGGCGCCGCGGCUGCUUGGCUGUGA